AUGGGCAUCAAGGGACUCACAGCACUCAUCUCGGACGAAGCGCCCGGCGCAAUCCGAGAAAUGGAAAUCAAAACCUACUUCGGUCGAAAAGUAGCCAUCGACGCUUCAAUGUCUCUCUACCAGUUCCUCAUCGCCGUACGUCAAAACGAUGGACAACAGCUCAUGACCGAAUCCGGAGAAACGACUUCCCAUCUCCUCGGCUUCUUCUACAGAACACUUAGGAUGAUCGACUAUGGCAUCAAACCGAUGUAUGUUUUCGACGGAACUCCUCCCGAUCUCAAAAAAGAGCUUCUUCAGAAAAGGUUCGGUCGUCGAGAAGAGGCUCGUGAACAGCAAGAAGAACAGAAAGAUGUUGCCGAUGUGGAAAAAAUGGAUCAAUUGGCUCGACGACAAGUCCGCCCCACGAGACAGCACAAUGAAGAGGUCAGACAUUUGCUAAAGCUAAUGGGUAUCCCCUGUGUCAUUGCUCCAUCGGAAGCAGAGGCUCAAUGUGCCGAGUUGGCUAGGGCAGGCAAGGUGUACGCAGCGGGAAGCGAAGAUAUGGACACACUCACAUUCGGCACUCCUAUCUUGCUCAAGCAUCUGACUGCGUCGGAGCAGAAGAAGUUACCGGUGCAUCAGGUGGAUCUACCCAAGGCCUUGGAGGGGUUGGGGAUGGAUAUGGCUCAAUUCAUCGAUCUCUGCAUUCUUCUCGGUUGCGAUUAUCUCGAUCCCAUCAAAGGCAUCGGGCCGAAAACAGCGCUCAAGCUGAUCCGAGAGCACAAGACAUUGGAGAAGGUAGUCGAGCAUUUCAAGGAGGAGGCGAAGAAAUCAGUCCAGAUUCCAGAACACUGGCCGUUUCAGGAGGCGAGGAAGAUCUUUGAGAAUCCGCAUGUACAAAAGGGGAAAGAUUUGGAUUUGAAGUGGGAAACACCGGAUGUCGAAGGAAUGGUUAAGUUCCUUUGUCAGGAUAAGGGAUUUAGCGAGGAUAGGGUGAGAAAGGGGUGUGAGAAAUUGCAGAAGAGUUUAGGUCAGAAACAGCAGGGAAGACUCGACGGUUUCUUUACUGUCAACCGCGAGGGAGCAGCACCGAAGAGGAAAGCAGAGCAGGACAAGAAGGGCGCUAAGAAGAAGGGUAAGAAGUGA